GGGACACAGAACCGUUACUUAGGGCCACAGAAACGUUACUUAGGGCCACAGAAUUGUUACUUAGGGACAGACACAGAAUUGAUUACUGAGGGACACAGAUUUGUUACUGAGGGGACACAGAAUUGUUACUCAGGGGAAAACACAGAAAAUUUUUACUCAGGGACAGACAAAAGAAUUGUUACUCAGGGGCAAAACCAGAAUUUUUUACUGGGGACCAGAAUUGUUUUCUGAGGGA